AGCACAAAAAACAUUUCACUACCAUCGUCACUUAACAAAAAUCUCAACCAAAACCAAAACGCAGCCAACCAUGAACAGACCUUAAAUCAAAAUCAAAAUAUCCCUAGUUAUUAUCGCUCAAAUCAAAUCAUUUCAUUUCUCAAUGGCUUCUCUUUCUGGUCUCUGUUCAUCCUCUCCGUCUCUCAACCCCAAGAACCCAACCAGUAAACCAAUUCCUUCUGUCCGCAAAGAUUUCGUCGCAUUCCCCACUCGUCCAACUUGGACGCCCAGCCUGAUCCAAACUCAGUCCGUCGCUCGUGAGGUGUCUUCCGAUUUAUCGAACACCAACGACAGUGUACCUAUGAAUGCGAAGAAGGGGUUAGAGAAAGAUCCACAUGGAUUAUGGAAACGGUACGUUGACUGGUUGUACCAGCACAAGGAGCUUGGGUUGUACCUGGACGUGAGCCGGAUCGGGUUCACUGAUGAGUUUAUUGCGGAGAUGGAGCCGAGAUUUCUGGCGGCUCUUAAGGCGAUGGAGGAGUUGGAAAAGGGCGCGAUUGCGAAUCCCGACGAGGGAAGGAUGGUUGGACACUAUUGGUUGAGAAAUUCGAAUCUCGCGCCAACCUCCUUCUUGAAGACACAGAUUGAUACCACGCUUGAUGCUGUCUGCAGCUUUGCCGAUGAAGUCGUCAGUGGUAAGAUUAAGCCGCCAUCUUCAUCUGAGGGUCGUUUUACUUCUAUACUCUCUGUUGGGAUUGGAGGUUCAGCUCUUGGACCACAGUUUGUUGCAGAGGCAUUGGCUCCUGAUAAUCCUCCUUUGAAGAUAAGAUUCAUCGACAAUACAGAUCCUGCUGGAAUUGACCAUCAAAUUGCUCAACUCGGCCCCGAAUUGGCUUCUACACUAGUAAUAGUAAUUUCAAAGAGUGGAGGUACGCCUGAAACUAGAAAUGGGUUAUUGGAAGUACAGAAGGCCUUUCGUGAAGCUGGCCUGGAAUUUGCAAAACAGGGUGUUGCCAUAACCCAAGAAAAUUCAUUGUUGGACAACACUGCAAGAAUUGAAGGUUGGCUGGCUAGAUUUCCUAUGUUUGAUUGGGUGGGUGGUAGGACAUCCGAAAUGUCUGCUGUUGGCCUGCUUCCAGCGGCGCUUCAGGGAAUUGAUAUUAGAGAAAUGCUUGCUGGUGCAUCAUUGAUGGAUGAGGCUAAUAGGACAACUGUGCUUAGGGAUAACCCUGCUGCAUUACUUGCUUUAUGCUGGUAUUGGGCUUCUGAUGGCAUAGGCUCCAAGGACAUGGUUGUCCUUCCUUACAAGGACAGCCUAUUACUAUUUAGUAGGUAUUUACAGCAGCUGGUCAUGGAAUCACUUGGGAAGGAGUUUGAUCUUGAUGGUAAUCGGGUGAAUCAAGGACUUACUGUUUAUGGAAAUAAAGGGAGCACAGAUCAGCAUGCUUACAUUCAACAACUGAGAGAAGGUGUGCACAAUUUCUUCGUGACAUUCAUUGAAGUGUUGCGUGACAGACCCCCUGGUCAUGAUUGGGAGCUUGAACCAGGUGUCACUUGUGGUGACUACUUGUUUGGAAUGCUUCAGGGAACAAGAUCAGCUCUGUAUGCAAACAACCGGGAGUCCAUUACAGUCACUGUGCAAGAAGUGACACCUAGAUCGGUGGGAGCUCUUAUAGCACUUUAUGAGCGAGCAGUUGGGAUAUAUGCCUCAAUGGUCAAUAUUAAUGCUUACCAUCAACCUGGUGUGGAAGCUGGAAAAAAGGCAGCAGGAGAAGUAUUAGCUCUCCAGAAGCGGGUUCUGGCAGUACUCAAUGAGGCUAGCUGUAAACAACCUGUCGAACCGCUAACGCUUGACGAAGUUGCUGAACGUUGCCAUGCUCCUGAAGAUAUUGAAAUGAUUUACAAAAUUAUAGCUCACAUGGCUGCGAAUGACAGAGCACUGAUUGCUGAAGGCAGUUGUGGUUCACCGCGUAGCAUCAAAGUUUUCCUCGGGGAAUGUAUUGUUGAUGAGUUGUAUGCUUAAUCUGCAUCAAUGAAAUUCAUUGAUAUUUUAUACUUGCGGUUUGAGUUCUACCUAAGACUAAGAGCAUUAAUAAACUAGCCUUGACGUUGUUGUAUGGCAACGUUAUAUAAAUCUGUAAGUUAUUGUUUAGUUUGGAUUAGAAAUAAUAAUAUCCAUUGAAGUUUUGUUGAUUGUCAA